GUCAUAAUGUCUUCAUGGGGUCUGAAUUGUACCAUAUUACGCCAAACGGGUCUCGUGAAUCUGACGCGAUCGGAACUGAAUCUCGAAUGGACAGUGGAUACAUCGUUCUUCGACUCCAAGAAACAGCAAGUCCGUAAUCUCAUGUCGGAUUGGCAAGUCGCUCUUGGUUGGAGUGCGCCUGGAGCAUCGAGCCCUGGAAUCGCCCCAGCUAUGGCUUUCAAUCUAGAAACACCAGAGGGUGCUUCUUCCACUGACCUUGACUACUUUGCGAGAAACUUCUUGGAAGCAUCUGCCGCCCUCGAAAAAACAGUAUACGAAGUCGCCGCCGGGAACUCAACACGAGCCAAGAACGCCACUGUGCAAGGCACCAUGAAAAUACAACUCUACCGCAUAACCUUCAUCCCAGCCAUCGCCUUCGCUUCGAUUCUUACUAUCUGCAUUGCUGCAUCACUGACCGCAGGACUGGCGUGGUAUUCGGAGAUAUCCUUACGCACACCCAGAGGCAGGAUAAUCGACGGCUUGCGAUUGACAUCAGAUCUCUUGCUCGCCUUCCAAGGUCAGCAGUACGAUCUGCCGAAAUCCCAUAGCGAUUCAGAUACUGUCGAGAAGCGGGGGAAAGGGUUUCGUGUUUACUACAAGCCUUGGACGGAAGGCACUCAGGCCAGUAUUCGCCUUGAUCAGGUUUAGAUGUUGCAUGAUUUAUAUAGUGUUGAAGAGAUACGAAGGAACGCAAGACUCUAUGUGAACA